UAUUAAACCACGAGCAGGAAUAAAAAUCAUUUAAACGUCGAGCCGCAGGCGAGACGUUUAAAUGAUUUUUUUUCCUGCGAGUGGUUUAAUUGUUUUAUCCCGUGGCGGUUGCGCGUUCUUCAAUAAAUAUACAAGCUCACAAAGCCAUCUGCAAAAUAUUUAUCAGCUUCCAUGAUUACUUCCUUGGAUUACUUUCUCUCUAACUACUUUCUGGGUCGAUAUGAACCAUGAAAGGGAGUUACCUAAUUUUGACAUGUUUCAAGGGUUCCUGGACUAUGAUGAUGAACCAGAUGAAAAUGUGGAAGAAAGAAUUGACAAGUUUAUUCAAAAUCAGGUGCCGGCGGCAACGACUAAGAAAACCAAGUCAGAUAUCCGGAAGUUAGACGCUUUUCUACAAAGAAAGAAUGAGACUAGACCGAUAGAGACUAUUCCGGCAAGGGAGCUGAACAUAAUUCUAUGCGAAUUUAUCAUGGAACUUAACAAGGACAAUGGCGAUCCAUUUGAAAUUUCUACUUACAACGGCGUUCGGUAUUCGCUGGAGAGACAUCUGAAGGCCGUGAAGCACCCGCAACCAGAUCUGAGUGGGAAAGAAUAUGAUAAGUUUCGGGCUUGUCUGUCGGCAAAGGUGACCAUUGCGAAGGGAGCAGGAAAGGGAAAUCGGCCGAAUCGUGCAAUGCCCCUCAGCGAAGAUGAUGAGAAGAAACUUUGGACUAGUGGAGCAAUGGGGAAACACUCGCCUAAGUGUCUCUUGCGGGCACUCUGGUGGAAGUUUACCACUGGCUUCGGUCUUCGUGGUGUUCAAGAACACCGUGACAUGCAAUGGGGCGAUGUGAAGCUCGGUGAAUCGUCUGAAGGGACCUUCAUCGAGUUUCAGGAGCGAGCUACUAAGACGAGAAAAGGUGCAUGCCCGGGACGCCCAUUCACCCCCAAGAUAUACUGUACUUGUGAGGGUCAGUGUUCCGAAAGCUGUGCGGUGGCUCUUUUCAAGCUAUAUGAAGAAAAGAGACACAACAAAGAACACCCAGCGUUCUACCUAGCCAUCAACUACCAGAGCAAAGAAGACUGGUAUAAAAACCAGCCGCUCGGCAACGGCAGCCUCAGCAAGAUGAUGAAAGAGACAGCGAUUGACGCGGGCUUAGAAGGAAACAGGUUUACCAACCACAGCGGCCGCAAGACCUUCAUUGCGCAGCUUACGGGACAUAAGAGUGUUAGUUCUCUAUCGAGCUACGCCGAAGCCGAUGAAAAAAUGCAGAAGAGAAUGUCGGCUGUGGUCGCAGGAGAGAGCCAUCCUGCUGGGCCAGUCAAGAGGACAGAAGUUGUGUCUCGCGCGGAUGGGGGGCAAGAUGUUCACGCGCAGAGCAUGUCGACUGGUGCGAGCGGAUUCAGUGGGAACUUCAAUGGCUGUACAUUCUAUGUGUACAGUCGUAACUGAUAAGUUACGAGGGCGCUAGACAACAAGGAGUGGAGUGAUUUGAAUAGUGAUUUUGAAAACUGUCACCAUUAAAACGUUAUGCUUGUUCAGCCUGCAACUCGAAUGUUUUGAAUGUGAUGCGAUGUGAUUGAAAUACAUAUCGUCAUA